AUGGACGUCAAAGGCGUACUCACAGAAGUGAUAGAUGCAAUUGCGCGCUACAAAAAGAUGUCAAUUGCUGAGGCUCAAGAGUUAGAGUUGGACGAGAAGUUCUACGAGGAGGUGAUCAAAAGCUACCGACGGAAAAUCAAGCGGUGCAUCGACGCCAAGGACAACUACUGCCAGAAACUGUGUCAGAAGUACCCACGAUUUGCAAUCGCUUUGGAGCAGGUUAAUCGUGAUGGAAACGAUAGCAAUGAGGUUGACUUGAAACGACACAGAAGAUCUGGAUCAUUUUCCAGAAUCAGCCGCGAUUCAAAAGGGUAUGACCAUGAAUGCGUUGAAGCUUCGGCCACAGCCGUAAUUCCGGAACUGAGGACCGAGAUCAGGCAGAUUAAACACAAACUUGGGGUCAUGACGGCCAGCCUUCAUGACCUGAGGAGCAAACUGAAGAGUGAAGAUUUGUUUAAACGUGGCAGCAGCGCAAAUUCGUCGCUGAGAAGCAGAACAAGCGUUGACUGGGAGAAACCCGAAACAGUGCAGGGAGCAACUCAACGCUUCAAAAGUCAGAAUCAACAGUCUCGAGAAGCACCAAAGAUCAAAUUCACUAAAAUGUUGAAUGCCAACAAGCCAAUGGCACCUGAUCUCUCAGAAAAUUUGCCGGAAAUGAUUUCAGACAGCAAACGUGCAAACCAGCGAUUAAUGACGCUGAAUUUCAGUUCUUUUGAAGGUGAAGGUACAGCAGCGGCUUCUGUUGACAAAAACAAAGAACUGAGUUCCAAGAUACCUCAAGAAAAGUUGAAACAACCGGAACUUCCCAAGGUCGCAAGUCAGUCAGAUGCCACAUCUAGCUCUAACGACGAUGAGCCGGGGCAGAAAGAAACGGCGACCGUUCAGACGAAAUCUGAAAAACCGGAGGCGAUGCCCAGUCAAUCUGCAGAUCAGGAAAUGAAGAUGACGCCUGAAGAUAAUAAAAAAGUCGAAAUCGAAGCAGCCCAGACGGAAGAUAUUAAAACAUCGAGCGGCUCUGAUGAUGAUGGUGCUUCUGAUAAAGUUAACCCCCUCAUUCUCGGUGCAUCCAAUCAGGAACCGUCUGUCGAUGUUUCCAAAGAGGUCGAAAGUGGCCCGUAA